GUUAAAUUUGGGCGCCGUCUGCCGUAUCUUAUUGUAAAUUAAUAUUUAAGUGUAAAUUAUGUUAUAGUUGGCUAAUGUAGCUAGUUAGCUAGCUACAUAAGUUAUAUCUCCUAAGUCACUGGAGGUAGAGGCAGCAGGGGGAGAGAUUGGGGAUGAUAUCCACCCCUCCUUCCUUUCACCCCCAAGUUGUAUGUCCGAUGGAGGGAGAUGCUGAAAUCCGCCCUACCCCGCUCUGCGCCCCCUGUCCCAGCAAAUCUCAACAUCACCUUCACUCCCUUCCUUCUGCCACACACAGGCGCAGAGAUGAUGAUGGAGGGAAAAGAGAAGCAAGCAGAAGAAGCGGGCGCCUUCAGGUUGCCAAAGAGCAAACGCAAGAUAAGGAAGAUGUGCAAGAGAAAAGGAGGACAGUGCAGAGGAGAACCAGGCUGAACUCUUCUCUCACAAAGAAAAAGAGGGGUAGUGGCACGGAAAAAUUUUCCAGAUUGGGUACUCAAGGUGAAAUGACAAAGCACAAAACGGGAAGGGGACGCCGGCGCAAAAUGGUACCAGCCACCCCCACAAUCCUAAUACAGGAGAACAUGACAGGAGAGACUGACCUAGAACCCAUACAGUCUGAAAAGGAAACAGAAACUGUUGAACCUCCUGAAAGCCCACCUCCUGUGAAGGGAUGGAUGAUUGGCCCCCUCUUCCGGUCAUUCAAGUCCAAGAUGGCCAGCUUCUCAGAAAUGGUUAUGAGUCCUGUUCGUCUUUUCAAACCCAGCUAUUCCUCAGCACCCUCCAGUACACAGCCAGAUCUUCAGGGUCUUUGCUUAGAGAGCGCCACUGACAACUGCCUCAGCAUGGAGGACCACAAUGGGCACUUGUCAGAACAAGAAAUGGGAGGGAGGCUUGAUAGCCAAAGACUGUUAGAAACAGAAAUUAAAAGUGAAGGCAGCCCUGAUUCAGGGUUGUGUCCAGAUGAGGGGCAUAUGGGAAAAGAUUUCCAUAAUUGCUUUGAGUCCCAAACCGUCCAUGGAGAGGAAAGAAAAGAGACUGAAACAGGAUGUUUGAAUCGUCCUCGCCCUAAUUUAUUGCAGGAACGGAGCUCUUGUGUGGAUGAAGGACAGACUGCAGUCCGAGAACACUCCUCCGUGAGGAGACUUGACUUUGAUACAGAAACAAAAGUCGAGAACUGUGUUCAAGAGGAGGAAUGUCUUCAUGCAACAAAACAAUGUUCAGGCAGUGUCACAUCCAACAAACUAGAGGGACAGACUUGUGAUCAGACACUUUCUUGCAGCAAUAGUGGGAAGCUGAACGAAUCCCCUCUUUGUAGGCAAGAUAGUCCCCUCCGCAGAGGCAGCAAUAGGUCCACAAUUCACUUAAGUACUUCCAAGGAACAGCAGGCAAGAGAAGGUGUACACUUUCAAAAGUUACGUGCUAAACGCCUCUUUCCGGGUGAUGCUGUGUCUCCUAGUCGUCCAACCAAACGUUCACCUUCAUCUGCUAUUGACUUUCAGACUGCCCCUGAAGAAAAUACACUUUUGACAGAUGAGCCAUUGGACUUUUUCAGCCUGAAGGAAGAUUGUACCCUUGGAGAAACCUCAGAGCCUACUGCACUAGAGAGAAACACAAGUUCUCUGUCUAGUCCUUUAACCACCUCAUUUUACUGUACACCCCCUGAAUCUGUUUUGGAAGAUACGGGGAACGGAAGUUUUGGGAAGCCAAGAAAUCUGGAAGAUAAAGAUGACUUCCCUUCACCCUCACCUGACUUUAGGGAUGUAGCAGCAGUUGAAAGGUGCAGAACCCCAGAGGACUGUGUUGUUAGCCCGUCACCAAGCAAGUCCCCUUUCACUGCAGCAGAUCAUCUUGGCAGGGUUUCUGCUAAAGUGCUGGAAGACGAUGGGGAGGGAACUCGAGAGAGGGAAGGACAAUCUGGAAAACAUGAGACUCAUUUACAGACUCAGUCCCAAGUCUUGAACUCUUUUCAGCUGAGGCCCUCACUGAAGAAACCCCAUGAUGAUCAACCUAAAGAAGGGCCAGGAAUUAGGGUGUCAAAAUUAAGACGGAGAGAAGUGCAGACUGAGGCAGAAACUGGUCUGGAAGCACAUGGAAGAUUAAAAUACGGAAGAGGAGGAAAACAAGGAAAAAGGCAAAAAAGCAAAACCUCAAACAACGUGAGAGAGUUACUAGCUGUAACCACUGGUGUUGCCCAGGAAGAUGCACAGUCAGGCCAGACGGAAGUCAGGGAAGGGACUGAUUCUUCUAAUAGACAGCUAAUAGACAGUGAUUCUGAUGUAAAUUUUACUUCCAUGAGUGCUGAUUCCACAAUAAGGGCAUCCCUAGAGUUUAAAGAUGGUAACAGCAACACAAAGGACAGCAGUGGUAAAAACAAACUAAACAUGACUGCCACUGUGAGUAUGAGUAGAGUUGUAAGUAGAUGUAAAAAUGCCACUUGCCAUAGAAAAUUAAAAAACAUUAGCGGUACAAGUGUUCAUACAAGCUCUACAGACAGCAGCACAAACAAGUCAGAGUUGGAAUCCGUAGCCCUAAUGGAGAAUAAUAUACCAUCUCCAAACCUCCCAACACCGUUAUCUGCAAUGAUGAUCACAGAAACAAAAAGGGAAAAGGAGGAGGAUUUUGGAAGCAUUGCAUCAGACACUAUGACUAAAGGAACAGGACCCCACUGUCCAAGGAGGGAACAUCAGCAUUUCAGGAGAAGGAAGCGGAAUGUUUCUCCAGGAACAGAAAUGGAUUUCAUGCUGAAUCAGAAAAAGGGAAUGACUCAGUCAAUGAAUGAUUGGAGCCUCCAUGGUAGUACAGUGGAAGACCCCUCAACAGAAGAGGAUAUGACUGUGUUUUUGCCAGUGCAAGCUGAUACUAGAUCUCAGGUUCAGUUCAACAAGUGCACACUGAAGAAUGAGGAGAAAGAAAUGGGAAGCACUUCCUGUACUUCUUCAACAACUACUGUCAUGCAUAAUCUGUGUGGAGCCGAGGCUGUGGAAGGACAGGAGGAGGUGGAGUCCAGGAAAGUGUGCAUGCUAAUAAAAAAAGGCGUGCAACUAGAGAGAAGAGGGAGGAGACUGAAGCAGAGAGACAGGCUAAGAAAGGGGGAAGACUCGCAUAAAAGGAGAGGAAGGAGUUGGUUGACAACUGGAUGUGAAGAAGCGGAGCCCCUGACCAAGAUGGAAGAGCAAAAGAAGGAGGCUCAUCCAUCAGAAAAAUCAGGUAGCAGCUCCUUACCCACCCGCCUGUUGCGAAGCUACUCUUGUCCAGAGAUCCCCUCUCUCUUCCUCAAUCGCCCUCUGACAAGUCCUCUGCUGCCUUCAGCCCCGCACAGCAGACUUCACCCCACACCUCUCCACCAGUGCCCUUCCAUUGCUCCCCCUCCUUCUCCGGCUAAACGUGCUCGUAGGCAUACCGUCUGUAGUCUGGAAGUGGAAAGAGAGAUCGCCCCCCUCUGCCUGCGUAAGGAAGUUUACCCCACUGGAAGGCGGAGUCUGUACUGCACACCCUUGCAUCCUACCUCCUCUGCCUCCCCCACUUCCCUCACUGCCCUCGCCUCCUGUUUUCUGUCAAGUCCCUUGGCCUUCCUUUCAAGGAAACAGGAUGGGAGCAGCUCAAGUGGGGGUGCCGCUAGUAGUAGUAGUCGUAGUCAUGAUGCCACUGUCCCCUCCUCCAGUGAUGUCAUCCCCUCCUCUACCUCCCCUAUUGCUUCCCUGGUUCAUCACCAAAUCCCUGGCUCCACUUCCUGUACCCUCCCCAGAGCUGGCCAGUCCUCUGCCUCCGUUUCUCCUCUUUGCAGUGUGCCCUCACAGCUUCCAUUAGAGGGAGAGAGUGAGGGUAGACCGGGUGAGGAUGAACAAAGGUGCUGUUUCGCUCUGGAGCGGGAAGGUCGUGACACACAGGAUGAAAAAGCAUUCUCAGACUCUGAAAUUAAGGUUGCCAGUGCAAAAAAAGGUGAACGUGGCAAAGUGUCACGCAUCAGAAUUCGAAAAACUCCCCCCAAACCACCCACCAACCUUACCCCCAUGGGCCUUCCCCGACCUAUCAGGUUGAGGAAGAAAGAGUUCAGUCUCGAGGAAAUUUAUACCAACAAGAACUUCCGUAAACCACCAGAAGGGCGGCUAGAGACGAUAUUUGAGGAACCAGUGAGCAGUCGUGAUGGAUCUCUGUCCAUGAUGGGCCAACGCCGUCUCAAACGAUUGGUGGAGUUCCCUGAGCUGGGUGUGGCUAGAAAACCCAGAAAGCCUCUAGCUGCGUCUGGGAGCGGAGCUUCCCGGAAGGCUGGGGGGAGCUCCGUUUUGGGCAGGACUCGGCGGGGAAGCGGUUCUAAAGCCAAAGAAGGACUGUUAGAGGAACCUGAUUCAUUGCUGUGUUCCAAGCUUGACCAACUGGAUGCCUGGAUUUCAUUUGACCAGGACUUUCUGUUAUCAGAGUCCAAACAGGUGUAG